CGUUGACCGUCGUCGGAACCGUCUACCUUCAAAUUUUUCUCUUUUGAUUUCCUGCUUUUUGAUCGUCUCUUCAUAGUUUCUUGAUUUGAUAAACCACCCAGUUUUCGUCGUCGUCGUCGGGCUCCUUACGUCCAUCGGGAUUAUUGUCACCUUGGCGCCUGGGAAAUCUCCACCUCAUCCACUUUUUGAAUCGUCAAGAGACCCAUUCCUUGAACAUGGCUGUUGCUGUGGACGAGGCAACCGCUGAUUUGAAACUGCUUUCUCAGCCAUCAGACCCUCAGGCAGUCCCUGGGUCACAGGCACCCCCCUCUGCAGCCGAUCCAGACGCAAAGACCAAUGGACAUACCACGGAUACUUCUGGCAUACCCCAAGUAAACGUCAAUGGCGAGCCCGUGAGCAGUCUUCGCCUGUCAGCAAGUUUUUGCCGUGUAGAUGCGGAGGAUGCGAGAUGGGGCUCCAAUUUUUGGGUGACUUUAGUAGAUCCGCAGACUAGUACUGUAUUCUUCGCGUGCCCUGCGACUGGACAAGUGAGCUGGGAUCCACCAGCUGGUACGUUUGUUUUGCCUCCGAGUACGGAGGGAGAGUGGUGGGAGCUCAGUGAUGACUCCCGAGGUGGAAUUCCAUACUAUUAUCAAACAAAGACAGGGGAGACAGUUUGGGAACGUCCAGAUGGUUUUGUUAUUCCCCUGACUAUCAUUCAACAAACCGCCCUGGGUCGUCGCCUCUCGCAAACUGGCAUGCGCAAAACGACUUCGGAUUCCCCUUUAGCGCCAGGCCGGUCUCCCUGUAUAACUCGGACUCGCUCACAGGCAAGCAUAAAAGAUGCACAUCAUACAUCACUCCGUUCCAACGAGCCCCCGUUGCCCAGACACUCGUUAUCAUCUAUGCGGAGUUCGCCAGGAAGGAUGUCGGCUUCUGGCGCUAGUCCGACCAAGAAGCCUCCUACCGUAAGGCGCUCAUUCACCACAGACCAAUAUAGCCACCCAGGCACCCCUCGUGGAUGGACAAAUGGACAUCAUCUACCCCCUAUACCCGCUUCUCCAUACGCAACGGAACCUUCCACGCCAUCCUCACGAAAAUCAUUGUCAACGCCACCUGCCAAGGUUGCAGCGAACGGAAGUACACGAUCGAGUCGCCACAAAGAAAAAGACAAACGUUUAACUUCAGAUAUCAAUGACACCUCACCAUCGCGAUCGCGGGCCAAAUCAUCCUCAUAUGUACCACACCGAUCCCCCGUCCCACAAAGUCUCAACGCUGCUGUGGAGAUGUUGUCAUUUUCUGAGCGACGGGCUGCUUCUGACAUUGGUCACGGGCUACCACCGUCAUCCCCACCGGCCAUGGAUAAACCACGGCCAAGCACAAACCAUUCUCCCAAAGAGAAGGCGAAUGAGAAACGAGAGGUUCCUCAAACUCCAAAGUUGGCUCCGGGCAACAGUUUUUGGAUGGCACGUAGUACGUCGACCCCUCCCACUACAGUACUCGGUAAGACUAUCAGCCAUCCUGUUCUCAACAAAGAGGCAACCAAGAACAUGAGCGCCGUCAAGAGCCCCACAGGAGGAAAACCAAUUCCAAUCACCAGGCAACCUAAUCACCCUGCUCCUACUACAACUUUAGCAUCUGGCACAUAUCCUGCCCUUCCUCAUGACCUCGCAUCAGACAUUCAACAAUUUGUCGAAUCAGACUAUGCAAGACAAUAUUUCUCGACACAUCGUACAGGCUUCAUCUUCAGGCGUAAGGUUCCCGUUGCACAGAUGAUGACAUGGCAAAAGGCGCCCCUCAGCUCGCCGCUUCUCACAUUGAAUCGUUCGCUCAAGAACGAUGCAGUCCGGAUCUUCAAAGUCAUCCAACACAUCAUGGGCGAUCGUGAACGUGAGAAAUCUGCCGGUAUACCCGUUCACAAUAGUUCUGUGCACUCCCUUACGGGAGGCACCGUUGGCUUACUAGAGGAAGAGCGAUGGUUACUUGGGGAAGGUUUGGCUCAUGGCGAGCUAAGGGAUGAGAUAUAUUGUCAGUUGAUGAAGCAGCUCAACGGGAAUCCCAAUACAGAAAGCGUUUUUAAAGGCUGGCAAAUGCUCUGCGUACUCCUCACUGCUUUCCCGCCCUCGAAGAACUUUGAGACCUACCUGCGUUCCUUUAUGCAACAGCGAACGGCUCAGCAAGAGGGCAGGGUUGACGUAAUAGCCAAGCACUGCCUCCGCCGUCUGGUUGCGAUCUCGAAGAAAGGACCACGCGGAAAACCUCCGACGAUGGCAGAGAUCGAGACGGCAUCGGACGCCGCCUUCAAUCCGUCCACAUUUGGAGAAUCACUGGACGCGACGAUGCGCCUGCAAGAGCGUAACUACCCACACGAAAAGAUUCCCAUCAUUCUCCCAUUCCUCGCAGACGGUAUUCUCGCUCUUGGAGGCAUGAAAGCGGAAGGCAUCUUCCGCGUUCCUGGGGAUAGCGACUCCGUGUCAGAACUGAAGUUGCGCAUUGAUAGGGGCUAUUAUACGCUUGACAGCGUUGAUGAUCCGCAUGUCCUAGCUUCGUUGCUGAAGCUCUGGUUGCGUGAGUUAUGCGACCCACUGGUACCCGAAGAGAUGUACAACGACUGCAUCACGCAUUCUCACGAACCUGAAACGUGCAUACAGCUCAUUAGACGUCUGCCUACGAUAAACAGACGGGUCGUUAUUUUUCUAAUCAGCUUCUUGCAGUUCUUUUUGGAGGAGAAGGUACAGACGGCGACGAAGAUGACGUCGGCGAAUCUGGCACUGGUGAUGGCGCCAAACUUGCUCAGGUGUAAUUCGGAAUCUAUGACCGUCGUGUUCACAAAUGCCCAGUACGAACAAGUGUUCGUCUAUAAUCUUUUGAUGCAUCUCAAGUGCGAUCAAAUUGACGCGGAUUAUGUUCCCGUCCAUGGCCUUGGUGCCAGUCUACCAUCACCCCCACAACCUCGCGUUUCUAAAUCUCGCAACAGAAAGUGAACCAUACCUACCAUGCUAUCGUAUAUCCACCAUCUUUUUCUAUACCCACCAUCCAACUUGAUAUUGCAUUCACGUACAUACAUUUUUUUUGCUCAGUCCUUGCAAGUGUACCUGCUAUCAUCUAUCAUCUUCAAACUCUACUGUCAUUCAUCAGAGUGCACGCUCCUACCUCUCCUUGUUAAUUACGACAAAACACGUAUAGGUUAAUACGCUAUUUGAAUUCCAACUGGUC